AUGAGGCUAGUGUUAGUAUUAGUUUUAGUUGCAUUCAUAAUAGCAACAAAUGCAAGGCGGCUUCCCAAAAAAAAUGUGAAUCCCGUAGACGAGCCAGUGGAAGCACUGGUAGAUACACCGGUGGAGGAAAAAAAUGAAAAAUUAAUCGAUCAACAAGAUGCCGCUUCAGAACAUAAGAAAGAACCAAACCACAAUACCGAAUAUAAACGGGGUGGGGGCAAAGAUCAUAAUGCAGGUCAUUUAGAUGAACACGAAGAAAAGGGUCGUAAGGCAUAUAUAGGCCAUCAUCAUGAAGAAGAAGGAAAAAAGGGUCAUCACGACAGGGAGCAACAUAAAGGCGAGUAUAAUGAUCACGGAGCGCAUAAAAAAGAGCAUCAUCAUUCUGACGGUCAUUAUAAUGAGCAUCAUAGGGGCGAUAAGGGCGAAAAAGGCCACAAGUACGAAGAGAAGGGACACUACAAUAAAGGACAUUCUACUAAAGGGCAUCACGAAGUACAUAAACUUGAUGAAUUUAAGAAAGACAAACAUUUCUUCCAUGAAGAUGGUGAUUCUGCCCACGAGGAGCAGCACGGUGGUUUCCAUGAAGAACAUGGCCAUGAGGAGGGUGGUCACUUUAAGAAAGGACAUCUUGACGGUGGGCAUCACGAACAUGAACAUGGCGAAAAAGGUCAUCACGAGAAAGGAGGUCACCAUCAUGCGCAUAAAGGCCAUAGUAAAGCAGCUGGUCAUGAUGAACAUCAUCAUCAUCAUCACGACCACGCCAAUAAAGCAGGAAUUGAACAUCACAAGAAACAUGUGUAUAAAGAUGGUCAUUGAGAAUUUGUACAAGCGUACUAUGUUUGGCUGUAAUCUGUGGAAAAUGACAUGGCUAAUGAUAUUACCUGAUGCAAGUCUGAUGUGUUAUUUAUUUAUUGCUAAUAGUAAGUGCGUCCAAAA